CAGCACGGCCUGCGCAGUCUACGUUUCGAUUCAACAGUUAGAACUUCAUUGAUGCGACCGGGCUAUUUUUGAGUUAUAAUAUUAGAAGAACGGUACCAGAAGGCACCAGUUAAUCAUCAGCGACAGUUGCAACCACAUCGGAACAUUUUGUUCGCUAGUAAAUGUUUGAUACCAUACUUCAGAGAGUUACCGCCUGAUCCACACUAAGCCGGCUGUGAGUGUACGCGAAAAGUGAUGAAUGUCUAGUUCAUAGAUUUUACGUUUGAAACUGCUAAUUGUAGGUUCAGUUGUUCGUUGGACUUCAUUGGUUUACAACCUUUCUUAGGUUCUAGUUCAAAAGUUGCAUCGAAUGUGAUGCAAGUGGUUAAUUUUCCCUAUCACUAAUUAGUUUAGUAGCAAUAAGGUGUUCUAGACAAAUGUUACCUGCAAAGUUUAUGCUUUCCUCCUAAAAAAAGACACCAAAAUACAUAUCGGUGCCUCUGAAAAAAAAAACCGGAUCGGUUCAGUGAUUGUCGAAAAAAAAAGUUCCAUUCAACUGGAUUUUUAUUCAGUAAAAAAGAAGCAAUCAAACCACUAGUAUAAUGGUCAAUGAAUAUACAGGACCUCCCGCUCAAGAGUUGGAGACGUUUCUCCCGAAAGAUGCAAAGAAUGGAACAUCAAAAUACAAGAUCACUCCGGCCAAGCCUGAUGUGGAAACCGCGGCGGUGCAAUCUUUCGAUCCGUUUAAGGAGCGAUCCUUGGAACAUCCUACCACCGAUGGCGAAACGUUAACCCAUCUCCUGAAGGCCUCACUCGGAACCGGAAUUCUGGCUAUGCCAAUAGCCUUCAGCUAUGCUGGCCUCGUAGGUGGAAUAUUCGCAACAGUUCUAACGGCACUUAUCUGCACACACUGCGCCUAUGUUUUGGUCAAAUGCGCCCAUACCCUCUACCAUCGAACAAAAUGCACGGCAAUGACUUUUGCAGAAGUAGCUGAGAUCUCGCUGGAAAAUGGACCCGAGUGGGGCCGCAGGUGGAGUAAAUUUAUACCCAAGUGUAUUACCUACGGUCUGUUUGUGACUUACUUCGGAACAUGUGCCGUGUACACCGUCAUUAUCGCUACCAACUUUCAACAAGUCAUCGAGCAUUACACAGGAUCGGAGAUGAAUUUGCGAGUCAUGAUCGCCAUGCUUCUGGUGCCCUUGAUCUUACUUUCGUGGAUCCCUAAUCUGAAGUACCUGGCGCCGGUUUCGAUGGUCGCGAAUGUUUUCAUGUGUGUUGGAUUGGGCAUCACCUUCUACUAUCUGGUUACCGAUAUGCCGGCACUGAGUGAAAGGCCCAUGUUUGUUUCUCUCAUGAGCUGGCCGUCGUUCUUUGCGAUCGUGAUCUUUGCUAUGGAGGCAAUCGGUGUUGUAAUGCCGCUGGAAAAUCAGAUGAAGACUCCGCAAAACUUUAUCGGAAUUUGUGGUGUGCUGAACCAGGGAAUGGGUGGAGUUACCUUGAUUUACAUUCUGCUGGGAUUCUUGGGAUACGUGCGAUAUGGAGACCAAGCGUUGGGAAGCAUCACCCUUAAUUUACCAGUUGAAGAAAUACCCGCCCAAGCCGUGAAAAUUCUGAUUGCCUUAGCUGUUUAUUGUACAUUUGGACUGCAGUUCUACGUUUGUCUGGACAUCGCAUGGAUUGCCAUUAAAGAUAACUUCACGAAGCGCCCCACCCUGGUGAACUACACGAUGAGAACCAUUCUCGUAACUGCCGCGGUGUUGCUGGCUGUCGCCGUCCCUACCAUUGGACCAUUCAUCGGACUUAUUGGAGCUUUCUUUUUCUCAAUCCUCGGUCUGCUCAUUCCUAUUCUGAUUGAGAUGGUCACCUAUUGGGAGCAAGGCUUUGGCAAAUUCAACUGGGUUAUCUGGAAAAAUGUACUUGUAUUCUUCUUCGGACUCAUCGCACUGGUUUUCGGCUCCAAGGGUGCCAUCGAAGACAUUAUCCAACUCUAUGUUAAAUAGACUGAGUAGCAUUUCAUAUAUUCAAAUCUCGCAGCUGCAAUACUUAUAACAAAAAAAAAAAAUAUAUAAGUGUGAGGCACAUAAUGCGUCCUGCCGCGACUGCAUUUUUAUGCUUUUUGUACUAUUAAUUUUAGAUAAUGGUAAUGACUUUUGUCCCUAAAAGAAAAAAAAGUGCUCUACAAAGUUGUAGGAUAGUUAAAAUAAAGACCCUUCGACACAAGUGCUUUACAGUUGCAGUGAUAGAAUUUAAGACAAGUGCCUACUUUCAUUCAGUCUAGUGGAAACCAGGGCGAAUAAAAAUAGAAUGCAAUGACUUGAAUUAAAUCGUUUAGUGCAUAUGGUAGGGAUUUUACUAAACUGUAGUUUAGCGGACACGACGCUUGCGUCAGUGAGAUGAAACGUAAUUGUAAAGACGGAAGUAUUCGUAUCCGCAGAUUGAAUGUUGUUUUGCGGAUAUCAAUACACCAAGCAGUGUGCGGCCAUGGGACCUAAUAGAUUCCGGCUAGGCAUAGGUUAUUUUAAAAAUAAAUAAAAAUAAAAAACACGAAGACACACCAAUUAAACCUAACGUUGUCAUUAGCAGAAACAUUAUAUGCAGUAUAAAAUUUUAGCAAGCAAAAUUCUUUUUAUAAAAGAAAUCAACGAAAUAGGCAUACAAUUUAAAUGGCAGCAAUGAAUAAAGUUACUAUAGACACAAUUAGAUUUUCUUGUAAGACUCACAACCCCUGCUGUAAUUGUGGUUUAAUAUAAAGAGCAACCAGUUCGUUGCAAUCACUGGUUAA